AUGCUAUCUGUCGCUAGAGAAAACAGUAUAUUAUUCAACGAUGAAUACCUCAAAUACCAGCCUUCAAUUGCAAAUAUACAUCAACGACUUGAGCGAGACAUCCCAUUACUUGGCUUCGACAUACAAGACAAACGAGAUGCUCUGGAAUAUGCCAGCGAUCGAGUGACACUGUUUAGAUUUUUAAAAGACUCGGAUUUCUCGGAAGACCUAGCAUUGGAGCGACUACUUGACACAAUUCAAUGGAGAAAAGACGAAAAGAUCGGUCGCAUGACGUACCAGUCAAUAGCAGCAGAGUUCUUUGAAAGUGGAUUUGCGUUCUUUCAUAAGCAGGAUCUCAUCGGUCGUCCCGUGGCAGUGAUUCAGAUGCGUCAUUUUCCCAAAUUUAGAGAGAAAAAUAGACCACUUUCAGAUUUCAUGCAACCAUUUGCUUGUCUCGUCAUGGAGAUUGCAAGACAAAUGACCCGAGAUUUGACUAGAAAAAACGAAAAAGAUCAAAUCAAGGACAAACCAGUGCUGAUUUCACAGAUAUCCAUCAUUAUCGACAUUCAAAAAGCUCCGUUUGUCCCCAUCGACUCCAACUUAAUGCAUAAUUUGAAAAAUAUCACAAACACUCGAUUCCCUGGAUUUAUCGGCUCGGUGUACAUUAUGAACUUUGGAUGGAUGUAUCAAGGUAUAUGGCAGGUGGUGAAAUUGGUGUUAUCCGAGCAAGCAAAGGCUCGAGUGAAUUUUAUUAGUGGUGCUGAGAUACAGCAAGUGAUUGACGAGAAUGAUUGUCUCAAAGCGCUUGGUGGCAAGGAUGAGUAUGUUUGGAGCCUAGAAUCAGAUUUAAUACUGGAUCUGUAUGCCACAGAAAACAGAUUUCAGAUUGAAGAGCCAGCCACUCGCUUGUCUCGAAGCUCGUCAGUGUCAUCGAUAUCCUCUACAGGCAGCAGUAUAUUCUUCGAUGCACCCGCCUAUCUAUCCAGACAGCCUUCUAGGCAUUCUGAGAUUAUUCGAUCCACCUAUACAUCCGCAUGUCCUAGUAUCUAUGGCACACCUGGCACACUUACACCCAUCAAUUCAUACCUGCCAAACCGUCAACAGCAACUCGUGAGUCGAUCUCCAUCAGAGCCAAGAUACUUUUUGAAUGGAUUCCACAUGGGCGACACAUUCUUAACUUCCUUUUUCAGAUUCAAUUCAAGCGUAUCCCACAACAACAACCCGAAUACAUUGGAUGGCCAAGAAUUAUCAAAUAGACUUUCGCAAUUACUCUCCUCUGACGAAUUACAGCAACUACGAGACGAGGACUUGUACAAUGGUGAGGACGAUUUUAUAGAUAGCGAUACAGCAGCUCUUUUAUUGAAUGGACAGCAGUCGCUAGUGCAUUUCCCUCACAUGUUGCCCGACAAUCACCCUCAAAGUGUCUAUCUGAAUUCGCCCAUGAAGCAUCAACUGCUACGAGCUGAACAAAAGAUGCUUCGACUGACAAGAAAGCUGUUUCACUUGUCAUUUGCCUACAAAGGCGCUCUGUACUGGGUCAUAUUAUACCUGUUCCUGCGAGGCCCUGUAGAAGAUACCUUCAAAAAGACACUGGCUAAAUUACUGGCAGGCACAUCGCAACAACAAAUUGCAUACACGACAGUUGGUGUAACAGCGACUGUGGCAGCUGCUUUAAGCGCAUCACUAUCAAACUCCAUCCACAGCAAUGACUAUAGCAGUAAUAAACGUAUUGAUCGUUGA